GCUAAGUCCAUGGCACGAUUAAGUUAGUUUAAUUGCGGCCAACACAGAGUUCACAGUCAGCAAAAUGGGCAACACAAAGGAGAAGCUGAAGGACUUGAUCACCGCUGAACGUUUGGCCAUAUUCUUUGGCCUGCUGUCCACCUGUCUGAUUGUCGCCUUUGUAAUUGUGCUUGUCCACAGGGAUAAUUUGUGGAUAGAGUUGGAUGAAGCCAAGAGGAAAUUGGAUGUGCUGGAGGACUACAUUCAAAGCCACUUGCUGGCCACUCUUUCUAAUAGAUAGAUAGAUAAUAAAAAUGAGGCUUUUUACAUUA